GCAAAAGAAUUUAAAAUGUGCGACAGUUUGAUGUCAAGAGUUUAGAGCUCUGCCCUCAGAACACGAAGCAUAACAACGAGCAGGACCAGGACGAGGACGCGGACGCGGACGAGGACGCGGACGAGGCACCUGCAGGAGCAUCGCACUCCAUACCGUCUCCAUUCGCAAUCCAUCUGCAAUCCACGCAGCACUUCAUUUGGGACCAGUUCACAAGCACUUAGUACGCAUUAGGCGGCCAAUCCCAAGACCAGGAUGGGCGACUAUCACGAGUUCACGGAUCAGUACAAAGUGCCGGUGAUAGCCAAGCUGCUGCACGCACUGCCCCACUACAAUAUCACGUUCCACAAGAUCAACAGCACGUUCCGGCCCAACGAUGAGAUAUAUCUGGAGAGCCUGGGCAUAUUGGGAUCGGUGCCGGCAGCGCUGCUGAUUGUCUCGUUACUGGGACUGCUCUUCUAUUUGAUGACGCGCUGCUGUGACCGGAAGCCGCGACCGGCGCACUCCAUAACCAGCUUGAAGGUGGCGCUGUCCAUCGUAACGGUGAUGUGCUGUGCGGCGAUUGGACUGGGCCUAUAUGGGAACGAUGAUCUGCACAAUGGGCUGCUGGAGGUGCUGACAGCUGGGCGGAAAGUGGACAAUUUGGUGACAACAAUACGAAAUCAGACGCACAUACUGGAGAAUACGCUGACCAAUCGCAUCCGGCCGCAGCUGGUGGAGCUGGCCGAUAUAUUUGAUCAGCCGGUGUCCAAUCAGACGGCGCUCUCCAAGCUCUUUGUCUCGCUCAACAUUGUCCAGGGUAAUGUGACGCUGGCCACGAAUGCGGCCAGCGAUAUAAGACGUCCACUGAUGGGCAUCUCGAUGACGCACUUCCUCACUCGCGGCGAUCAAUGGGAGCUGAUUCGCUGGCCGGGCACGGUGGCGACUCUGGCUUUGCUGCUCGUACUUUGUGCCGUUUUGCUUGUGGGCGUGGCACGGCACUCACGCUGCGCCCUAAUCCUGUUUAGCGUAUGCGGCCUGCUGGCCGUCACCGGCUCCUGGCUAAUGUCCGGCCUGUAUCUGUCAUCAUCGGUGGCGGUCGGAGAUCUGUGCAUUAGUCCAGCCGAUUUUCUGGUCUCGACAGCGCCACGGGAUCUGCCAACAAAUGUGCUGCUGCACUAUACACAAUGCGAGCCGGGACACACGAAUCCGUUUACCCAACGACUGCGCGAAUCGCAAAACUCGCUGAACAAUGCCCGCAGCGCCAUGGCCACCGUGAUGAAGAUCUCUCUGGUGCUGUUCAAGAGUUCGGGCCUGCAGCCGAAAUUGGGUGCGGUGAAUGCGGACUUGAACAGUAGCGAACGUCUGCUCACCCAGCUGACCGCCCUGGUUGACUGCAAGGCGGUGCAUCACAAUUUUCUGGCCGCGGCCCGUGGCCUCUGUGAGGGCGGCCUGUUGGGCCUGGUCCUGAUGCUCAUUGCCAGCUUCAUAGCGGCCAUAUUGCUGACGAUUAUGGUGUGGGUCGAUUCGCACACAUGGAUCUAUAUACGCAAGCGCAACGACUAUGCUCAAGUGGAUGAGCCAUCGUAUAUAUCGCAUCCGGCGCCACAGAAUCAUCAGCAGAUGAUGAACGCGGCACGCACUCUGCCGCGAAACCAUAACGGGCACUUCAGUCCGCCGGUGAUCAGUGGCUCCCACACUCUGCAGCAUCCCAACAAGCGACAGCAGCACGAGAUGAUGGCCCACGCGCACAUCCAGCAGAACAUGCGGGCAAUGGGCACCCAUACGCUGGGCAGACUGCCGUCGCACAACCACAGCCCCACCCACAUGACUGGUCCCAAUAACGCCGCCGCCGUCGCCGCCGCCGCUUCCUCCGUACCGCCCACCACACAGGCCCAGGUGGCCCAGGCCCAGGCCCAGGCUCAGGCACAUGCUCAUGCCCAGGCUCAGCAGCAGCAGCAACAGCAACAGCAGCAGUUGGGUCCGCAGCCAAUCUACUGCCAUCAUCCGCACCAGCAUCCGCACGCGCAUCCGCACGCACAUCCCCAUUCGCACUCGGCUGCAGUUGCCGCUGCCGUGCAGCAUCAGCACGCCAUUUACCACCAGCAACAGGCUCAGGCUCAGGCCCAGGCCCAGGCACAGGCACAGCAGUAUGGCACAUAUACGACGGCCGCGGCGGCACAUGCACAUGCCCAGCAGCAUCAUUUGCCGCCGCCGGGUCAGAGCCAGAUCUAUCAGCAGAUACCGGCGCAUUUGGCCGGACAGCUGGCGCCCAAUGGGAAUCCGCAUUCCAUUUAUCAGCCGCUGGUGGCGGUUAGCCAGGGCUCCAUUUAUGUAUCCAAUUUGGCGACAAUGCGCCGCCAAAAUAGCCAGGGUGGGCCGCAAAUUCCGGCGCAUCACCACCAGGCCUCGGUGCAGACGCAGCCGCCGCCAAAUCCACACCACCAGCAGCAUCAGCAGCAGCAACCGAAUCCUCAUGCCCACCAGCAGCAGGCGCCACAGCAGCAGCAGCAGCAGCAACCGCCGCCGCCCUCGCAGCAGCAACAGCAGCAGAUGCUACAGCAUCAGCUGAAGUCGCCGCAGCAACAGCAGCUGCAGCAAAUGCAGCAGCAGCAGCAGCAACAGCCACCGGAGGCGGAAGUGGUGCCCAUUAGCACCACCAUGGAUACGGCCAUAUACGAUCGGGAUAAGCAAAUCUACAAGUGCUCUACGCUGCGCCAGGGCGGCAAAUUUGAUCCCAAAUACAAGCCAUCAAUACUGAAUUGCCCAUUGCCUGAAAUACCCAAGGAUGCGGAGCAGCCCAAAGUGGAGUCCAUCUAUCAGCAGCAGCAGCAGCAUCAGCAUCAGGCGCAGAACUAUUCCAAAACCUUGCAACGGCCACCAAUGAAGCUGCCGCCGCAAAUGAAGGCCAUACCGCCGCCGCGUAUUGGUACGCCCACCUCGCCGCCGCCGCCAACAGCUCAGGUCGAUGCGGCGCUGCAGAAUGGCGGCGGCAAUGAUGAUGCCGCCCUGCCACCGCCGCCCAUGGAGGCGCAGACGCAUCUCGGCACCAACGUGGACGCCACGCCGCCCAAGUCACGCAUCCAGGCUGCCAAUGGCAAGCCUGGCAACGGUCUCGCUCUGCACAAUGGGGGCGCUGGCGGUGGCGGCGGCGGCGGCGGUGGGGGUGCUGGUGUAGGCGGUGGUGGAGCAGCACCAUCAGCUGGAAAUGCUGGCACCGUUCUGGACGAUGACGACGAUCUGCCACCGCCUCCGCCGGCGAUAACCGACGAGAGUAACUAUGCCGUAACCGAGCUGUAAGCGCAGCUCUGCGAAGGCAUUUGGCAUUAUAUAACCCAAACAGGGGAUGGCCCACACCUGAUGGCAUUUAGUAACAUUUUUAAUGUGUUCCUUGGUUCUUGAUUUGCAUUUCGAAUCCUAAUCCUCUCUUAUGCAUCCUACCAAUUAGGGCUAGCCAAAAGAAAGCAAAGAAAAAAAGAAACGAAAACAAAAACAAAAAUACUUGAAACUGAUGGAAAUACAACCCAACUACUGGACUUUUGUAUAUAUACAAACACACGACUACACAAAUCCUUACUAUU